UCAAAAGGGCACGAGAGAGAGAGUCUUUGCUUCCUUCUGCUUACUGUUUUCUUCUUCUCCGAGUAAUCAGGAAGCAAUUUUUAUCAGAUAAACAUGGGAUCUUCAGCUUCUCCAGGCUGAGCUUCUUUCUUCAGCUACUCCAUUGAAUCUCUCACUAAGUAACUGAAGAUUUUGUGUAAGAAAAGAUUUGAAGCUGUGUGUGUGUUAGCUUGUAAGGAUUAGUGAUGGAGACUAACUCGUCUGGAGAAGAUCUGGUUGUUAAGAUGAGGAAGCCAUAUACGAUAACAAAGCAACGUGAACGAUGGACUGAGGAAGAACAUAACAGAUUUCUUGAUGCCUUGAGGCUUUAUGGUAGAGCUUGGCAGAAGAUCGAAGAACAUGUAGCAACGAAAACUGCUGUGCAGAUUAGAAGCCAUGCUCAGAAAUUCUUCUCCAAGGUAGAGAAAGAGGCUGAAGCUAAAGGUGUACCUGUGGCUCAAGCGCUAGACAUAGCUAUCCCUCCUCCACGCCCUAAACGAAAACCAAGCAAUCCUUAUCCUAGAAAGACCGGAAGUGCAACUCUCCCCAUCUCAAAACCGGGUCUGAAUGAUGCAAAAAUUUCGCUUCCUGAGAUGGCCAAUGAAGAUCUGCAGGAAGACAACUGCUCAGAUUGUCUCACUCACCAACACCUCUCUGCUGCAUCUUCCAUGAAAACAUCAAACGCAAGCACUUUUCGGGAGUUCUUACCUUCACGGAAAGAGGAACAGGGGAAUAACAAGGAGUCAAACUCAGUGGAUUACAGUGAUUUGAAUGCGAAGUCUUUGGAAAAUAUAGAGGCUUAUCCAAGGCAUGUCCCUGUGCUAGUUCCAUUGGGGAGCUCCAUAACAAGUUCUUUAUCACAUGCUCCUCCAGAGCCAGGCAAGAGUGGCGCCCAAGGAUAUAGGGAUCCCCACACAGUUGCAGGGGAUCAUCAGUCCUUUCCUGACCAUAUUAUUUCGACCCUUUUACAGACACCAGCUCUAUAUACAGCUGCAUCUUUCGCCUCAUCGUUCUGGCCUCCUGAUACUGGUGGUGGUGGCCCACAAGGGAACUUAACUCCGAAUCUGGCAGCCAUGGCUGCAGCCACUGUUGCAGCUGCAAGUGCUUGGUGGGCUGCCAAUGGAAUGCUACCUACUCUAUGUGCUCCUCCUUUUAGUUCAGGUGGUUUGACCUGUCACCCUCCAACUAACUAUAGACCUUCCGGUGAAGAAGUAAACGUCACAAAAACAAGCACUUUACAGCAUGUUUCUGCUCAGAAUCAAGAACACUCUGAGGCAUCAAAGGCUCGAUCUUCAUUGGACUCAGAGGAGACUAAAAAUGGGAGUAAACCAGAUUGUCAUGAGCAUCUUUCUGCAGCAACUGAGACUGAUGCAAAGGGAUCGGAUGGAGCAAGAGACAGAAAACAAGUUGACAGGUCUUCGUGUGGCUCAAACACUCCCUCGAGUAAUGAUGAUGUCGAGGCGGAUGCUUUGGAGAGGCAAGAGAAUGGUUGUAACAAUGAUGAUGAAGUGAAAGAAGUGAAUGCAGACACUACUAACAAUCCACAACAAACUUCAGAGUCCAAUGCACGCCGCAGCAGAAUCAGCUCCAACUUAGCUGAUCCAUGGAAGUCUGUUUCAGAUGAGGGUCGAAUUGCUUUUCGAGCUCUCUUUGCAAGAGAAGUUUUGCCACAAAGUUUUCCAUAUCAGAGAGAAAACAGAGAGGAGGGUCAAAGACAAAGAGAUCCAAUGGAACUUGAUCUUAACUCAACAGCUGAACUAACUCCAGGUGAUGAUGAACAUAAUCAUCAAGAAGAUAAUAGAAAGUUAGAGUUCUUGGGAGCUUCAAAGCUAAGUAGAGGAAGAACAGGUUUCAAACCUUACAAAAGAUGUCCAAUGGAAGCCAAAGAAAGUAGAGGAGUCAUCAACAACACCAAUCCUAUUAUCUUUGUUGAACAGAAAGAUCCCAAGCGGAUACGUUUGGAAACCCAAACUUCAACAUGAAAAAGUUGUAACUCUCUCAUUAUAUGUUCUUCUCUGUUUUUUUAAAUUCAAACUUCAAGAUCACUGAUACAUUUUCUUCUGUCUUUUGAGGCAUUUGUAUUUUGUCCUUACACCUUUGUCCAUAGUGUUCUUGUAACGUUUGACUCUGUAUUAUCAAACAAAUCAUAAACUGUUUAGUUUCUACUUCCUUCAAAAACCCCUAUGGCACUUGCAUUGAAUGAUGUAAACUUUAACAGUGAAGUUAAGUUUCAAUUCAAUCUACUAGCGUUAAGCUGCAACGGUGGUGGUGUAAGAAAAAACACUAAAAUGUCAUUGUGAACUCUAAAUUUUUUAUUUUUUUCUGAAAAAUUUCUUUCA